GAUGUGAGAUUCGGCACGUAGCGUUUAGCUCAGACUUGUACAAAUCCAGCCCAUCCAUGGCCCACAGACUACCUUAAAGUUCAGACGGAGUGUUUUCCAGACGCGUCCAGUCACAGGGAGCAGAGCGCACCGGGGGAAGGCUUUUUGCAGCUCUCCACGAGAAUGGAGCUUCUGUGCUGGUGUUUACUGUUGUUAAGCAGUCUACAGUCUGUCUCAGCAGACUUCUUCACAUCCAUAGGCCAGAUGACAGAUUUGCUAUAUACAGAAAAGGAUCUUGUCACUUCACUGAAGGAUUACAUAAAAGCUGAAGAAAACAAGCUGGCCCAGAUCAAGCAGUGGGCUGAUAAGAUGGAUUCACUGACUGCUACAGCCACAAAAGACCCAGAAGGUUUCCUGGGGCACCCUGUAAAUGCCUUUAAGUUGGUAAAAAGGCUUAAUACUGAGUGGGGAAACUUGGAAAGCCUUGUGCUCAGUGACACCACAGAUGGAUUUAUUUCCAACUUGACCAUCCAAAGGCAGUACUUCCCUUCUGAUGAGGACCAGACUGGAGCUGCCAAAGCCCUUCUCCGACUUCAAGACACUUACAGACUGGAUUCCAACACCAUCUCCACAGGCGAUCUACCUGGAGUGACAUACAAGAGCCGCAUGACAGCAGAGGACUGCUUUGAGCUUGGAAAAAUUGCCUACACUGAAGUAGACUACUACCACACAGAGCUAUGGAUGGCACAGGCCCUGCGACAGCUUGAGGAAGGAGAAGAAUCAACUCUGGAUAAAGUGACAGUGCUUGACUACCUAAGUUAUGCUAUUUACCAGCAGGGGGAGAUGGAGAGGGCCCUGGAGUACACCAAAAAGUUGCUUGCCAUAGACCCAGAACACAAACGCGCUAAUGGUAAUCUGAAGUACUUUCAAUUUCAACUGGAGAAGCAGAAAAAGGCUGCAGAUGAAGCGGGUACAAAAAAAGAACCAGAAACUGAGAAGGUUGAAGUAAAGAAGAAGAAGAAGAGAUCUGCGAAGGCUGAAUUCAAGCUUAUUCCAGAGAGAAAGAAGUACGAGAUGCUCUGUCGAGGGGAAGGGAUUAAAAUGACCCCUCGCAGGCAGAGCCGGCUUUUCUGCCGUUACUAUGACAACAACCAUCACCCCAAACUUUUGCUGGCCCCCAUCAAGCAGCAAGAUGAGUGGGACAAGCCCUACAUUGUCCGCUACCUUGACAUAAUCUCUGAUGAAGAAGUUGCAAAAGUCAAACAGCUUGCAAAGCCUAGGCUGCGCAGAGCCACCAUUUCCAAUCCCAUCACAGGCGUUCUGGAGACUGCUCAUUAUCGAAUCAGCAAAAGGCGAGCCACGGUGCAUGACCCUCAAACUGGGAAACUUACCACAGCCCAAUACAGAGUCUCCAAGAGUGCUUGGCUUACAGGCUAUGAUGAUCCAGUAGUUGAGAUAAUCAAUGAACGAAUUGAGGACAUCACAGGUUUAGAAAUGGACACCGCAGAGGAGCUUCAGGUUGCAAAUUAUGGAGUGGGUGGACAAUAUGAACCCCAUUUUGACUUUGGAAGGAAAGAUGAGCCGGAUGCCUUCAAAGAAUUGGGCACUGGAAAUCGUAUAGCAACAUGGCUUUUCUAUAUGAGUGAUGUUUUAGCUGGUGGAGCCACAGUAUUUCCUGAUGUUGGGGCAGCAGUUUGGCCUCAAAAAAACAGUGCAGUAUUUUGGUACAACUUAUUUGCUAGUGGUGAAGGAGACUACAGUACCCGGCAUGCAGCAUGUCCUGUUCUAGUGGGCAACAAAUGGGUAUCCAACAAAUGGAUUCAUGAAAGGGGGCAGGAGUGGCGGCGACCUUGUGGCCUGAGUGAAUCGGAUUGAAAUGGAAAUCACCCUCCUCUUGUUCCCUUUGGCCACUUCCGUCUGAACCACCCCGGACCAUAUCCAGACCGCUGCAGACUAUGACAUACAGAUAGAUGGAAUCCAAAGGGCCUCUCUUUUGUCAAACACUCCACUGGUUUACACAGCUGGGGUCAGAGCACGGAGACUGUUUAGGGUAACAUUGAGCUCCUGGAGAAUACUAGCAUUGCUGUGACGGAUGAUGUUUCCCUGCUUGUUGGUGGUGUUGGGAAAUUGUCCCCAGUAAACUACACACUGCACUCCAAAUGAACUCUCUCCCUGCGGUGACUAAGCUCAUGAUUUUGUUUAUUUUUUUUUAUUUAUUUUUUUUUUAAAUCCAAACUCUACACAGGUUGUUUGAAACAUAGGGCAAAUUAAUUUAAAGUGCACUGCUAUUAACUCCUGUUGUAUACAGUUCAAAGAAUCUUACUUGGUCAAGUAAAAUAAAGAGAUAAAAUAAACCUGAUAAAAUUUAAUAGACUACCGGUAAUUUGGCCUGAAAAUUGCUAGUGCUGGUGCCCAAAUAAACUCAUUUGCUUUCAUGCACUGCAACACUAAGAAUAAACGGACAAUUUUUUAUUUUUUUUUUAUGUUUUAUUUUUUUGUAAUAAUGCAAUGCAACACACAUAGUGCUCUGAGUAUUUGAAUAUAUCGGAUUUAUUUAUGAGUCCCACUGUUUGUGUUCUGAUUUAAAUCUUUGGAGUUGUUUUUCUACAGUAAAAAUGUGCUUUGUUUUUUGA